CCCGCAGACGGUGCCUUCGCUCGGUCGCGCGCCCGCCCCGCUCCGCCUCGCAGACCGAACGCGAACGCGAGCGCACAGACGCGUCUCUGGACUGAGCGCUCCCGUGAGUUCAUGUCAUUCCUCCCUCCCUCACCGCUCCGUCAUCUCUCACUGGAUCUCGCUCUCCUUGUUAAUUCAAGUGGUUGCCACUGAAUAAGACACUGCGCGUGGGAGCGACCCGGUGCGCUUUUGGAAACGGGAGGCUUUGCUGUGGACGCGUUUAUCCGCUGCUCUUCGCCCUUGGAUUUGAUUCAAGCAUCACGCUUCUUUCUUCUGCCCAGGAUGGGUUUUGUCGUGCUGGUGCUUCUGUGCGCUCUUACCGGGCUGGUGUUAGGGGACAGUAAACCCAAGACAUGCUCGGAGCUCAGGCAGUUCUACAGCAGCAAGGGGUUCAGUCUGAACGGAGCCCCGCAAACAGAAAUAUCCGGUGAGCACCUGGGGGUUUGUUCACAGGGUUACACCUGCUGCACGUCUGGGAUGGAGGAAAACCUCCUGAACCUGAGCCGACGAGAGUUUGAGACUCAUGUGAAGGAGUCUGGACGCACCUUACAGGCCUCGCUCAACGUCCAGUUAAAGAGCUUUGACGCUUAUUUCUUGGAGCUGUUCAACCGUUCUGAAGCAUCGCUCCAAACCUCUAUCCAGACCGGGUUUGGACCUCUCUUCUCCCAAAACGCAAAGGUGUUUCAGGAUCUGUACUCCGAACUUCGGGGCUACUACCGAGGGUCCAACGUCAAUCUCGAGGAGGUGCUGAAUGAAUUCUGGGCCCGUCUGCUGGAAAGACUCUUUAAAGCUUUAAACGUUCAGUACAUUAUUGGAGAGGAGUAUCUGGAGUGCGUAGCCAAGCAGUCAGAAACACUGAAGCCGUUUGGAGACACGCCGAGAGAGCUCAAGACCAAAAUCACACGCACAGUUAUUGCAGCCAGAACGUUCGCACAGAGUCUGGGGGUCAGCGGGGAAGCCGUCCGGAGGGUUUCACAGGUGAAUAUGAGCACUGAAUGUGUGCGCGCCAUCAUGAAGAUGACAUACUGUCCUCACUGUAGUGGCAUGGCCUUUGCCAAACCCUGCUCAAACUACUGUAAGAAUGUCAUGAAGGGCUGCCUCGCCAAUCAAGCAGAUCUGGACUCUGAGUGGAGGAACUUGGCAGAUACUAUGCUGGAAGUAGUUGACAAACUGAGCCGGCCUUACAGUGUGGAUUCGGUGGUUCUGUCUCUGCCAAAACGCAUUGCUGAAGCUAUUCUCUACAUGCAAGACAACCUCAACACGUUCAACAAUAAGGUGUUUCAAGCAUGUGGUUCUCCUGCUCAGAGCUCCAAAUCUGAGGACCAGAUCAAGCGAGGGAGAAACGCAGCAGAAGAAGUGAGCGGCACCCCAGGAGCCCAGCUGGAGAAACUGUUAUCCGAUGUGUCCAGAAUGUUGAGGGAUAUCAUGCAGUACUGGGUCCAUUUGCCCAGAAAACUGUGUGUGGAUCGCGAUUCUGGCCCGAGUGAAACAGACAAAUGUUGGAACGGAAUGAAUGUGGCUAGUUAUCUGCCAGAAGUGAUGGGAGACGGGCUGGCCAGUCAGAUCAAUAAUCCUGAGGUGGAGAUUGACAUUACCAAACCAGACAUGGCUGUACGCAAUCAGAUCAUGCAGCUUAGGAUAAUGAUCAACCGACUAACGUAUGCCAUCAAUGGAAAUGAUGUGGACUUCCAGGACACCAGUGAUGAUAUCAGCGGUUCAGGAAGUGGAAUGUGUGCCGGCGAUCAUUGUUCUCGUGAUACACGUUUAUCAGCCCCAAACACGGACAAACCCAAUGUAUACAGCUAUCCAUCAGAGAAGAAGAAGGUGGUGACUGGAAGAAGCAGCCAGAACCUUCCUUGUGUCAGCCUCUACCUUCUCUCAUUGGUCACAGUCUUGCUUAGGCGAUAAUUACAGGCAAUUCCACCAACUGGGACUGAGUACAGGACUAGGUUGGAUUGUGGAGGGGCGGGUUUAGUCACAUUGCCAAAACAAACAUGCAAACAUCAACAGAAACCGGCGAAUGCAUCACUUUUUAUUUUGUCUUGAAUAAGAAGACCAUGGAAUAUUCUUAGAUCUGUGUACUUUUUUGUCUCUUAUUUGAUAUAUGACACCCCUAGAGCUGGUCUUUUGCUUGUCUUUAUGUCUGUGGUGAAAAAGGUCUCUGCGAAUGCGCCAGUCUGUAACAACAGCUAUGAAAAUCCACCCCAACAAACAAGACAUGCUGGUUUUUCCUUAUUCAAAAAUCAUUUAAGAUUAUAUUUAUUUAUUAAUUUAGACCCAUAAUAAUGAUAAGACGUCUCUGGCCCCUCAAGCAUGAGAAUGUCCUUCAACACUCGAUCAAAAAACGAACCGUGUGUUCUUCUUAUCUUUGUUUUAAAGCUUUUCUGAACAUGCAAACAAGCUUAACUGAGUCUUGUUUCAUGAAAACCAGCUGUCUCACACUGUCUGUCUCUCUCUUGCGUUUAUUGUACUAGUUUUUGCACUCCGCUUUGCAAAUGGAUUUCAGGGGCCAUUUUAAAGAAAACACAAAAUGUAUUUACUCUGUAUGUAAAUAAACGUGUACUAACCACAGUCACAUUUUCAGUAUAUCCUUGAGGAGUCUCAGCCGCACUAGAGCAACAUUUGGGAUGAAACGUUAAUGCACCAGAAAUGAGAAAGAGACAGAUGUGUUUUACGAUGCACUCUAAUCCAUGGGACAGAUAUACAAUGACAGAAAGUGAUUUUACACGUGGGAAAAGACAAGCCGGAGAAUGAAAGACUUGAAACCGAAGGGUUGUGGAGGGGAUUUCCGGACAUUGUUAAUUUAAUAUUGAUUCAGACCACACAGAGAUGUGUUAUGUGUGAUCGCACUUCAGAGAAAGUGUUACUUUGUAAGUACUCACUAUACAAAAUAUAUACGUGUACUCAUGCUGCAUCCACGACAGAUCAGAUUAGUUCAGUGAGUCACAGAUGUGUGUCUCAAAUAUUUCUCAGCUCUGCACCCUGCCCUUCGUUAGCAGACAAGUUGGAUUGUUUAUGGUACACGCACAAUGUAUGUCAGAUGAAGGUAAGAAUCAUUCUCUAUGCAAGUAUGUAAACACAAAUAACGUUAGUAUGUAUACUAAUAUUUUUUGCGUCAAUGUAGCGCUAUUACACCUUAGUACUCAACGGGGCGAUAGAGUUACCAUCAAAUGUUUGCAUUAUAAAAAUUAAAUGUUGUUGUUAUUAAGUUAACUAUAUCUAUAAAUAUGUUUUCCUUUGGACUAACUUGAACUAGCCUGCUAAGCUAAAUAGCAUGCAUGCCUCCCAUACUUAUGUUACAUUAUGAAAUACACCUAAUUUGUUUGGAGUAUAGAUGGAUUGUUAGAAUGACUUUACUCAAGGGGGCGAUAGAGUUACCAUCAAAUAUUUGCGUUCUUGAAUUGAAUGUCAUGAAUGUUGACUGUUGGACCAACUAAACUAGCUUGCUAAGCUAAAUUCACUGUGGCUUCAUCAUGAUAGUAGGUAAAAUUUUGCUGAAAAUGGCUUAAUACCCACAAUUGUGCACCUUUUGUACUUAUGUUACAUUAUAAUAUACAUUGAAGAUAAAGUUUCCAGCAUUCCCGUGACCCUACAGAUGAUAAGAGGACAGGGUGGAUAAACUUUCAUAAUGCAAUGUAAAAUUAAGCAUGGCUAGAAGCAUUUGUGUUUUCAUACUUGCAAAGAAUUUCAGGCUGAAGAGAGAAUGACAUGUUUCGACCAAGCCUGGGAAGAGCAUAAUUUUUAUGAACUAUGCCUUUGUAGAGGUUACAGGAAGUGAUGUAAUUGUCCUUAAUGAUGAUUAAGGUUGACGCUGGCUCUGCAGAUAAAGUGCUUCAGUUUCUGUCACUAUGAAGUUGUGUACAGAUCUGACCAGGUCAAUGAGAUGGAGAAUAACACCCCCUCCCUUCCAGUUUAGAAAUGUUGCACUUUGCAUGAUGCACACGGCCACAUCCGCAUGAUUACAGCACAUGAUCCAGGGGUCGAUAAAAGAAAAACAUCCCACGGCAGUGUUAUGGAUGGUUGGUUGAUCGAUUGGAUCAGAUGUGGUUGGAGAAACGGACCCACGGCACAAUUCACCAACUAUCUAUAGAAUGCUCUGACCUGAAAUCAGUCUUAACUGUCUUUAGCACGUUUGUUGAACCAUUGACAGUUGGUAGUCUGACCCCAGGUCAGGCAAACAGUCCCACCUUUAGGUUCAGUGGUGUAACGGUGGUCGCUCUUUACUGAUGAAUGUGGCUGAUAUCGUCAAAAUGUGUUGAGAAUCGAAAUGCAUUCUGGUAUAUACUUUUGUUCCUGUUUUUUUUUUUAAGGUUGUUUGUGUUUAAGGUUGAAAUUAGAACAUUUUGAAGAGACUGAGGAAAUUACUGUCCAUUGUUAUUGUAUGUUCUUUAAAAAGAAAGAGGAGAAACCCUUGUGUCAAUUAUAUAGAUCAAAAGAUUUUGAAAA